CCUUCGGUAUACUAAGUAGGACUUUUUUUUCACAGUGAAAUUAGUGCGUGCGACAAAAACAUAAAUGCUUUUAAAUAACAGUAUGGUCCUAAGGCAUAUAUCUAUAAAAUAAAUCAUUGACAUUGAGACAUUAUUUGUAAUAGUUAUUCAGUGUUAAUUUAUUUAGUUGAAAAUGGGUUUUGAUUUUUCAAGGAGACAGUGGUUAACCAUAAUUGUUAUAUCUAUAGCUGACUUCUGCAAUGCUAUUUGCGUUGCGUUGCAAGCGCCAUUUUAUCCAUUAGAGGCAGAGAAGAAGGGUUGCACGGCAACUGAAUAUGGUUUAGUGUUCGGUAUAUUUGAAUUAGUGGUGUUUAUAGUGAGUCCCUUUUAUGGGGCGCACCUGAACAAGUUUGGGCCAAAAGUACUUUUCAAUGGAGGCAUACUUACUACUGGGACUUGUGCCAUACUGUUUGGGCUCCUGGAUAAGGUCGAAGGUCACGUACCGUUCAUAACACUCAGCUUUAUAAUUCGUAUCGUGGAAGCCAUGGGCAACGCCGCCUUUCUGACUGCAUCUUUCGCUAUCAUCGCCAAGGAGUUCCCCAACAAUGUUGCCAGCAUGUUUGCCUCUUUAGAAACAUUCUUCGGACUUGGCCUAAUAGUAGGGCCAAUGUUGGGCGGGACGCUGUAUAGUUUGGGUGGCUACACGCUACCGUUUGCUGUACUCGGCUCCGCUCUGUUCUGUGCUGCAGUUAUGAGCUGCGUGGUGCUGCCGAAGACACAUGACGAUGAAGAUGUGAAGCCUACUGGUCCGACUAUGCUAACGCUACUUCGGAUUCCUGGUGUUUUAUUGGCAGCAAUAAGCAUCAUGAGCACAAGUUUGAGCAUUAGUUUUCUCCAGGCAACUUUAGAACCACAUUUACGUCAGUUCCAAUUCUCUCCCGUGGUAUUGGGUCUGAUGUUCGUGAUCAACGGGGGUGUGUACGCUGCGUCUGCGCCAGGAUGGGGCUGGCUGUGUGAUAGGCCGCAAAUGAAACAGAAAUACGUCACCGUCAUCGGCUGUAUGUUCAUAUCCGCUGGGUUCCUGCUCAUCGGACCUGUGCCCUUCCUAAACUUACCAACGGUGACGUGGGUGAUAGUGCUGGGUUUGGUGCUGCACGGGUUUGGCAUGGGCAGCCAGCUGGUCGCAUCAUUCUCAGAUGCACUUAGUACUGCCAUUGCGAGUGGAUUACCAAACACCAUUGAGACGUAUGGCCUCGUGUCGGCCAUGUGGACCUCCACGUUUGCUCUCGGCGCAUUCAUCGGCCCCACCGUCUCCGGAGUGCUGUUCGACUCUAUCGGAUUUCCAAACUCGACAGUUUUCAUAUUCCUGUUACAUUUACUAGUGAUGUUAAUGGUCCUGAUAUUCUUGUGGACUUGUGAACGUUCAUCCAAGAUGGACGUUUCAGUGUCUGCUGGUGAUCUUCUUCAACUCGACGGCACCUUGGACGAGAGUGUACUUAUUGGAGAUAAGUAUAUGCCACCACCGAGGGUGAAGAGUCGUCGUUACGGCAUAAGUGUAGAACAGUCUCGACCACCAGCCAUGAACAGUCUCAUAGCCUGCUCGAGCUUCAAGAAUCGCCGCAGCCCCUGGUGCCAACGAACUCCUCGCUACAGACCCUCGUACGGGAGCCUCGAUACCAGGUUCAGAGGGAUAUAUGGAACAUAAAUAUUGUAUACCUUAUAUUAAUAUUAAUUUAAUGUAAUUUUUGCUUUAUAAUUUAUAUAAUUAAUAAUAUUAGUAAUAAUAUCGCAGGACAAUUCACACUGCGCCAUGCGUUAAGCAAGAGCUGGUACAAAUACACUCAUAUAUUUUUGGAAAUACAUAAAUACUAUACAUAGAAAAUACUCAGACCGAUACAAACAAUUAUAGUCAUGAAUAAGAGAAUAAUAUUUGUGGUCUACGAGGAAUCGAACACGCGACCAUCGGCGUAAGCUGGCAUGCUAAACCGCUAGACCAACCAGGCCGUCGAUAUUAAAAUGAGAAUAUCAUACUUCUGUAUAAAGUUUUUAUUAUUAAGUAGAUUUUAUUAUUAUACUGAGAUUAUUUAACUUUUAAUACUUUGUAAGUAAUAGUCUGCGUAUAUACCUCUGUCUCACUUAUGUCAGCCGCAUAGCAGCUUGCUUUGUAUAAAGAUACAGAGAGGGUUAGCGCAGUGAAUCCCCUCCGAUCGAUCCCCUGUGCAAUUCAAACGGGGAUCGAAAUUACGACAGCCUGAGCCGAGGUUCGAAUCCCUAACGAUGCCAUCAGACUGAAGUCAUCUCCGUCAUGCGGGAGUUCGCCUUCAGUCGCUCCAUAAGUCCUUCCGU